GCCCCCCAGCCGGGGCCCCAGGGACCUCUGCCACCCAGGCCCAUGGCCACCACCUUCGCGCUCCUGGUGGGGGUGCUCUUACACUGCUGGGGUGCACACUCGCUGCACACAAAGACAGCCUGCCUGUCCCCACAGAAUGACAGGGACAGGUGCUUCCACCACUCCGAGUGCCGUAGUGACUGCUGCCUCAUGGACUUGGACGUGGGGGGAGCCUUCUGUGCCCCCAAGGGCAGGAUAACCAUGGCCUGCUUGCCCCAGACCAAGGGAGCCACCAACAUCAUCUGCCCCUGCCGAAUAGGCCUGACUUGCACGUCCAAGGACCAGAUGUGUCCCCGCCGGUGCCAUAUGAUUUAGAGGAGGCCUCAGUCUGCCCCGACCUGGGCCACAGGCCUGGGCACCCCCAGCUUGCUCCAAACCCAGUUCCGGACAUAUUAAAGUCACUUC